GAUGAACGUGAAGCUGUACAGAAAAAGACAUUUACCAAGUGGGUUAACUCACAUCUGGCAAAAAUGACUGCUCGGAUUGAAGAUCUUUACACUGACUUGAGAGAUGGUAGAAUGUUGAUGAAACUGUUGGAAACAUUGUCUGGAGAGAAACUGCCAAAACCGACUCGUGGUAAUAUGAGGAUCCACAAGAUGGAAAACACAGACAAGGCACUCAUGUUUUUGAAAAAGAAAAAUGUGACAUUGGAGAACAUUGCUGGGCAUGAUAUUGUGGAUGGCAACCCUAGACUCACUCUCGGCCUUAUCUGGACUAUCAUUCUUAGAUUUCAGAUUCAGGACAUUUCAGUGGAGGAAGAAGGAGAGUCACAAGCAGUAAAAUCAGCUAAGGAUGCUUUGUUACUUUGGUGCCAACGAAGAACAGCAGGAUACAACAAUGUCCAUGUGACCAAUUUCUCAACCAGCUGGAGAGAUGGCUUGGCAUUCAAUGCUAUCAUUCACUAUCACAGGCCUGAUCUAAUCUACUAUGAAGGCUUGGAGAAGACACAACACAAAAUCAAUCUAAACAAUGCAUUUGAUGUUGCUGAGAGAGACCUUGGACUUGCAAGGCUUUUAGAUGCUGAAGAUGUUGAUGUUGACUUUCCUGAUGAGAAGUCAGUCAUCACAUAUGUUGCAACAUAUUAUCACUACUUUUCCAAGAUGAAGUCUGAGAGUAUUGGAGGUCGGAGAAUCGCAAAGGUUAUUGGUCAAGCCAUGGACAAUGAGCGAAGUUGUCAGCAGUAUGAACGUUUGACUUCGGAGCUUUUGCAGUGGAUUGAGGCAAAGAUCAAGGAACUAGAUGAUAGAUCGUUUCCUAACUCUUUGCCAGGCAUGCAGGGUACGCUUGCUUCAUUUAACACUUACAGAACACAGGAGAAACCACCAAAGUUUGUUGAGAAGGGAAACCUUGAGGUCAUGCUAUUUGACAUACAAACAAAACUUCGAGCUAACAAUCAAAGAACUUAUGUUCCUCCGGAAGGAAAAAUGAUUGCAGACAUCAACAAGACUUGGGCUAGACUUGAGCAUGCAGAGCACUCGAGAGAGCUGGCAAUUCGUCAUGAAACAAUGCGUUUAGAAAGACAAGAACAACUUGUGACGCGAUUUCAUCGGAAGGUUGCUAUGAGAGAAGCAUGGUUGACAGAGAACCAACGAUUGAUUGCUGUUGAUGACUUUGGAGAUGAUUUGACAGCUGUUGAGGCAGCCACUCAAAAGCAUGAGGCAAUAGAGACUGACAUCAAGUCAUAUGAAGAGAGAGUAACGUCUCUUGGUGAACUGGCACGAGAGCUGACGGAUGCAAACUACCACAGCUACCUGGCCAUCAGAGAAAGACAUGAUCACAUACUUCGUAUGUGGAACAAACUUCUUGAUUCAUUGGCGGAUCGUCGAGAGAGGCUACGGGUGGCAACAUCUAUGUACAAGACAUUUCAAGAAAUGAUUGAUCUAUUGGAUUACAUGGAAGAUGUCAAGGUAAUUGCCAUUACUGCUAAAUCUAGUGUGAUCACAGAAACACAACCAAACAAUGAGCAAAGCAAGAUUGGAGACAAUUUGUCUACCCUUUGUAAAAAUUUUACUGAGCUGCCUUUUAUUAUCAACUUGAAAAUGCUGCCAUUGUCAGUCACAUGACCAGCAACAAAGACGAACAGACUAUAAAAACAACUGACUAAGUCUACAAUUACGUGUACAAUCAAAUCGCUGAAUGUUCUCUUUGUUGAUGUUUAUGCCUGCUGUCUUAAGGUGUGGAUUAUUCAAAGUAAUUUUAUGGACACACCAAAUUGAAAAUCUUAAACUGCAAUCUCAUUUCUUACCGAAGCAACUUGCCUCGUGCCUAGUGUC